AUGGCAUCAUCAUUAUCAGGUAUUCAAGAAUCUUUCUAAUUUUUCACGUUUUCUACCAAUCAUUUAUCAUUCUGUAUAUUUUUCCCCCUUUUUUUUCUUCCAGCAUAUUGGGUAAAAUUUUUUAAGAGUGCAGGAUUUCCUCAGGAUGUAGCUACGAAGCAUGCAGUUGUGUUUUCCAAUAAUCGUAUUAAACCAGACAUGUUACCCGAUUUAGAUAAACCUAGUCUCAAAGAAAUGGGAAUUACUUUAAUGGGGGAUAUGAUUGCCAUUUUGAGAUAUGCAAAAAAAGUAGUAGAGGAAACAACAUGUGAAAGAUUCUUGGUUGAUACUAAGGAUAAAGUUGGAUCAUCUAAAUCAACAAUUAAAAAAGUAUCAACCAAAAUAGUCAGUUCUAGUUCGAAGCUAGAAAAAGUAAAUAACAAACAUAAAACUGAGGCAGUACUUACAAAAAAAACCAUUAAAAUUCCAACAAGUUCAGCCAAGAAAAUCAUUGUUGAUAAGAAAUCGACAUCAACAUCAGAUGAAAUAAUUGCAGACCUUGCUAAUCAAAAAAAGCAGAUCUUGAAAAGAAAAUUAAAAGAAGAUAAUGAGUUUGAUAUUAAUAAUGAAGACGAGUGGGAAGUAACACCUAAAAAGCUGAAAUCGCUUGACAAUAAAGAGACAGUAGGAUAUACUGUAAUACUUCCAAAAGGUUCAACAUCUAGAAGUCAACAAAUUCUUAAGAAAUCUGCAGAACAAAAACGAACUGUAUUCGAUAGGCUAGGUGAUAGUUCUGUGACUAGUACAACAAAUCCAACUGAAACAUUACCAACAUUCAAUAUUACCGGAUUGGGAAAAGAUAUCCUUAAAAGAUCUGUUUUUAAUCGAUUAGGAGAUAAAGAUGCCAAAAAGGAUACCAUAAUUCAACCAAGUAUAUUAAAAAAUGGAAUAAAUAGUACAGGAAUAUUAAAAACUAGAAGCCCUAGUAUAAGACCUUCGAUUCUUACAACAAAUAAAAUAGUACCAAAAAAUGUGGGCACAAUGCGAGCUGAUCAAGAAGUAAACAGAAAAGUUAUGUCAAAUAAUAUUUCACAGUUAGUGAAAAGAACAAAAAGAAUAACUUUUAACAACACAUCUUUAAGAGACAACAGAAUGAUAAAAUCCAACGUUACAUCGGGAAAACUAGCCUCAGAAAGAUUAACCACCAUACCGGCAAAAGCACGUUUGGGAAUGGUUAAAACAAGCAGUGCUAAACAAGUAACUUUUGACAGAAUUGCAACAGUAGCACAUGUAAAACGACCGGAUGUUUUUAGUCGUCUUGGAAUUUGA